AUGGCUUCGGACGCGCAAGAUAGCCCCUUUAUCCGGAACCUGGCUUCCAGUGACAAGAAGAUUCGCGAUCAUGCGCUCAACUCACUCAAAACCUACCUCGGCGCGCAAUCUGAAAUCUCGGAGCUGGACUUGCUGAAACUAUGGAAAGGCCUAUUCUACUGUCUAUGGAUGCAAGACAAGCCCGUGCUCCAACAGCGCCUUUCACGGGACCUUGCCUCCCUUGUCCCCACGCUCCGUACCCCAGUCGUGCUACCCUUUCUCCGCGCUUUCUUCCUCACCAUCGCACGCGAGUGGAAACAAAUAGAAGCCCUGCGCUUGGACAAAUACUUAUACCUCAUUCGCCAGUACAUCAACGCUUCCUUUACCUUUCUGAGUAGGAACAAUUGGGAGAAGAGUUUGGUGACGCAGUGGAAUGCUGUGGUCGAGGAGACGCCGUUGGAGAGUCAGAACAUGCGGAUUCCCAAUGGGUUGAGGUAUCAUGUCUUGGACGUAUGGGUGGAGGAGAUGGACAAGGUGGACGGAGAGGAGUGGUACAAAGAGGAGAGGAGGGAGAUUUUGGAGCUACUCGUGCUACCCAUUGAGAAGUUGGCCAAGGAAGGAAAGCUAAAGGCGUUGAGGAGUGCGGCGAAGGAGUGUUUGGGUGAGGAUAAGUUGAGGGCUUGGAGGGGGCAGGUAGAUGAUGUUUCAGAGGAACCAGAGGACGAGGAUCAGGAGGCGGAAUGGGGUGGUAUUGCCGACGAUUGA